AUGGCGGACGACCAUGAAACCUCAUCUGACGAGAGUUUAGAUGCGCGUAGUGAAUAUUUUGAUCCUUUAAAAGCCCUUUAUUCGAAAAAAACAAAAAUUUUAUCAGCCAAAGUUCCGGUUUAUGACAAUAUAAUGAAAUUUGAAUCAGUAAUGAAGGGUUGCGAUGCAAAAAAAAAAGAUGGACAAGUUGUUGAGGGUCAAUCGUCAACGAGAAAAUUUCUACCCAAUCAAGGAAUGGUACAGGGCUCUUUGAGAGCAAGAGAUAGAAUUCUCAGCGGAAGAAAUAUCUUGACAAAAAUGCAAAAAACUCAUGGACCUCUGGGAGAAUUGUACGUUUAUAUGGAAAAUAAAGUUAGAGUUAAGGUUUAUACAAGGAACGCACAAGGCAUACGAGGAUUUAUCGAAGCUUAUGUGGUGGCAUUUGACAAGCAUUGGAAUCUCGCAUUAGAAGAUUGCUUUGAAGUAUGGUCGAGGAAAAAAAAGAGAAAAGCGCCCGCGUUGGGUCCUACGAAUAGUGUAGAAAAAGACGAAAGCAUACCGAAAGUGAUAAUACAAAAAACGACGAAAAAAAUGGAAACAUUGGAAAGGCACGUGCCACAAUUAUUAUUGAGAGGAGAGCAAGUUGCUAUUAUUGUCAAAAUGAAUUAAUAUUCCGUCCACAAAACUCAUCAUCAUUAUCUUUUUUUUUUUUUUGACACAAUGUCAUUUUGUUUUUUUUUCGUUUUAUCGAAGAAAUUCAAUCUAACCAGAAAAUGCUCUUUUUUUGUUGAUUGUACAUCAUAAAUAUAUAUGAAUUAAUGAAUAAAUUUCCUCUAGAUAGAUUAAUGAAUUCUACACUCUCUAAAUAGUUGAAUUAAUUGAAAAGUGAGCUACUAAUUUACAUUAGUA